AUGGUGCGAGCCUGGCCCUUUGUCCAUCUGCCUCUGGGGGGCCUGAUGCACACGCCUCACAAGGGAACUGUAGAAGCAAUCCUGGGUGGGCUUAAUGCCUUGCUUACCCACAAGGUUCACCCAAGGAGGCGCAAACUGUGGGUGCUGAAUUUAAGGAAUACUGGCCAGAACUUCUGGAGCAUGUGGUCUGGAGACAUGGACCAUGGGUCCUCAAGCUCACUGAUGGCACCAGUGUCUGAGGGCAGUUUAAGGAAAGGAAGACCCUUGACUCCCUUGGAGGUGUUCAUAGAACUUUGUCUCAAGGAAAGGACCAUGGAUGAAUUCCUCACCUACCUCAUCCGGUGGAUAGCAGAUAGAAAAGAUUUGAUACACCUGUGCUGUAAGAAGCUGAUGAUUGAGUCAAUCCCCUUCAAAAACAUUAUGAAGUUUCUGCAUUUAAUGCCACUAGACAGUCUCCAGGAGGUGCAAGUGAAUUGCAUCUGGCAGCUGUCCACCCUGAGCCUGUUUGCUCCUCUCCUGGGUCAGAUGCGCAGUGUACAGAGACUCAUCCUCUCGCAUUCUUGUGUGUCUGCCUUUGAGGAGCAGGAGCAGCAAGUUGUCCAAUUUACCUCUCAGUUCCUAAAGCUGCACCACCUCCGGGAUCUCUCUAUGGAAUGUCCCUUCUUCCUCCGUGGCUGUCUGGACCAGAUUCUCAGGUGCCUGAAGACUGGCUUAGAAAACCUCACAAUAAUGCACUGCCUGCUCACAGAAUCAGACUUGACCCAUCUGUCCCAGUGUCCGAGCAUCAGUCAGCUAAAAGGUCUGGAUCUGAGUGGGGUUGUUGUAACCAACUUUAGGUCUGCAGUCCUUCAAAUUCUGCUGGAGAAAGUAGCAGCCACUGUCUGGGAACUGGGCUUAGAUGAAUGUGCGAUCUUGGACUCCCAACUUGAGGCCGUCCUACCUGCCCUGAGCCUCUGCUUCCAGCUCCGGUCCUUCAGUCUGCGAGGGAACAUCCUAUCCAUGGCUGCCAUGGAGAAGCUGCUGCUCCACACUGCUGGGCUGCCCAAUUUAAGUAAAGAGUUUUAUCCCGCCCCUCGGGAAAGUUAUAGCUCUCAAGGAGUUUUACUCCAAGGGAGACUUGCUCAGCUUCAAGCUGGGUUGAAGGAGAUUCUGAAAGUCUUAGGACAGCCCAGGACCAUCUGGCUUAGCUCCAGCCCUUUUUUUCACUGCAGUGAUGACAUAUUCUAUCACAUGGAGCCCAUUGCCUACCACUGCAAUAGUUCUGCCUUUUUGAUGCCUCUAACAAAAGCUUUCUUGGAAAUAAAAUUUAGGUACAGUGGCAUUGUAUAG